AAACUUCAUUCAACAGCGGCCCUCCCAACAACCAUCAUCACAAUGUUCAAAUUGCUAGCCGCAACAAUACUUCUCAAUUACCUGAUAGUUCAGAACACCACAGCAGCAACAGACAAAGUCAUCUGUUACUACCAGAGUUGGUCUGCUUCAUCUUUUUCACCAAGCAAUAUUGACCCUCACAUCUGCACACACAUCAACUAUGCCUUCGUAGGAAUCAAAACCGAUGGAAGCUUACGUCUUUCUGGUGGAGAAGAUGUGAUAAGAAAACUUCGUGACUUGAAGAAGAAAAACAACAAACUGAAAUUGCUGUUCAGCGUUGGUGGCUGGUCUGAAGGAUCUAAAACGUUCUCUUCGGUAGCUGCGAGUUCUGGAAAGUUAUCAAAAAUGGCGUCGAGUGCUCUUCAACUGGUGAAGACACACAAGUUUGAUGGAAUCGACAUCGAUUGGGAAUAUCCAGCGCAAAGAGGGGGAAAAUCCGCCGACAAGAAAAACUUCGUCACCAUGCUGAAGACUCUCCGCAAAAAACUGAAAGACAACGGCAACUACUUGUUAACUGUGGCAGUGGCUUCAACCCCCGACAGUAGUUCCUACGAUGUGUCUAAAAUUGCAGAACAAGUUGAUUUCAUAAACGUGAUGACUUACGACUUCCAUGGCGUUUCCGACGGCAAAACCGGUGAAAACGCGCCACUGCACUCACGUUCCAAAGAGAGCCAAUGGGAAAAAGAUAACGCCAACUGCGAAGCGUCAAUCAAACACUGGAAAGACAAGGGGGCAUCAAGCAGCAAAUUAAUUCUGGGUUUGGCCUUUUAUGGACACUCCUACAAACUAAAGAACUCGAAGGUUCACGGUAUAGGAGCACCCAUAAAUGGAGACAAUGGACAACUUCCAUACAGCGAGAUCUGUAAACUGAAGAGCGGCUGGAAGGAGGUUUGGGACAACGAACAAAAGGUCCCCUAUAAAUACAAGGGCUUGACCUGGAUAGGCUUUGACAACCCCUCCUCAAUCAAAGAAAAAGUGAAAUUUGCCACAAAGAAGAAACUUGGCGGAGUCAUGAUAUGGGCGGUGGAUCAAGACGACAAAAGUGGCUCCUGUGGCACGAAGUACGCCCUACUAAAAGAAAUCAAGAAACACUUAUAACAAACUUUCCAACUUGAACCUUUUAUUUAGUCUGAUUAAUUUAACUUAUAAAAUGUACCUCAUAAAUAUGUAUUAAAUAAAAUAUCGCCCUAUUACAGAA